AUGGGAUCCAAACGCCCCCAUGAUACAGAAGCUGCUUCGACACAGACCUGGACGGGGCCCCCAGUCAAGAAGCGCAAGGGCUUCAGUGUCGGCCCAGCGAAUCUCCCCGAUGGCACAUAUCGACGCAAGAGUGACCCAAAAAUUAAGUCCGACCUGAUCCAAAAGGCUAAAGUGAAAAAGGCCUACGCCAAGAUCAAGGCUCAAGAACUCGCCGCCGGAAAUCCCAAGUCCGUCUACGCCACCGAGGAAGAAGAUGCCGAACCUGGGAAACACAACGAUGGCGAGGGCGCAUCUGCAGAUUCAAAGUCGGCCGAACUUCACCCGCAGCGCCAGGCAAUGCUGGACGAACCGUCGCCGGAGCCGGCGCCGAAGCCAGAGCGUCGCCCUCGCAAUCCUGAUAAUAAACACAAAACCCGCAAACCCAAGCCGUCUGCAUUCAGCAAGGAGAUCGAGGUGGCAGAGCAGCGGAAACAGGCUGCUGAGUCUCGGAGGAAGGAGCGAGAAGCUAAACAAAAAGAUCGAGAGGCGAUGGCCCGGGCGAGGCGACCGGAUCAGUUUGGCAAGCGGAGAUUGGGACGAGAGAGCAAGGUGCUUCUCGGUCGGGUGCAGCGUGCUGUUGGCCAGACAUAG